AUGGCUUCGACAAGUACGUUCGUGGACGGCAAACCGACCCACAUUGAGACUCGACUAUUUAUCAAUGGAGAGUUUGUCGAGUCGUCGGAUAAGAAGACUUUUAGUAUUUAUACACCUUCGACCCAUGAGCUGAUCGCAGAAGUCUAUGAGGCCAGUGUCGAGGAUACAAACAGAGCAGUAGCCGCGGCAAAAGCAGCCCAGCCUGCGUGGGCUGAAUUGUCCCCAGCUCAACGGGCUGCCCCACUGAAGAAACUCGCCGCGCUACUGCGUCAGCACAAAGAUGAGCUUGCGUAUCUCGAAGCUGUCUCUAUGGGGCGACCUGUUAGUGGCUAUGUCGAUAACCUGAUUGCUGCAAGCAAGUUUGAAUCUUUCGCCGAUGCUGGAUAUACUGGCAGAGGUGUCUCAAGCUUGAAUACGCCCGGGUUUGUGAACAUGACACUCCGUCAGCCUUUUGGUGUGGUAGCAGCAAUUAUUCCAUGGAAUGUGCCUCUAGUCACACUUUCUGGCAAGGUUGCCCCAGCCCUUAUUACUGGAAAUACUGUUGUUCUCAAGAGCAGUGAAAAGGCCCCUUUGACAUCCCUCAGACUUGCUCAGCUUUCGAUUGAAGCUGGUUUCCCUCCUGGAGUACUGAAUAUCCUUUCUGGAUUCGGACAUAUCACCGGUGCAACCCUAUCUUCGCACAUGGAUGUUCGCGCGAUAACCUUUACUGGCUCUACCAGAGCUGGAGGUAUGAUCCAGACUGCUGCUGCACAAUCGAACAUGAAAAAUGUCAUUUUGGAACUAGGCGGAAAGUCCCCUGCUGUUAUCUUCGACGAUGCCGAUUUAGAAUCAGCAGCUGCCAAGACUGCGAACAGUAUCCAAUGGAACAGUGGCCAGGUUUGCAUGGCCAACUCACGAAUCUAUGUCCAAGACACUAUCGCGGAAAAGUUCCUCAAGCUUUUCAACAUCGCCUUUGCCUCGAUUCACCAAGGAGAUCCACUUAACCCAACCACAAACCAUGGCCCAAUGGCAGAUGAUGUUCAGUUUGAGGCUGUUCGGAGAUAUAUUGCAUUGGGUAAAGAGUCGGGUACCCUGGCCCUGGGUGGUGCUUCAAAGGAUGGAUUUGUGGAGCCAACAGUGUUUACCAAUGUCCCACAGGAUGCCAAAAUCAUGCAGGAAGAGAUCUUUGGCCCGGUGGUGAACAUUUGCAUCUUCCACACUGAGGAAGAGGCACUUACUAAGGCCAACGAUACCGAAUACGGCCUCUAUGCCGCAGUCUUUACCAAGGAUAUCAACCGGGCUAUGCGAUUCGCAAAGGGCCUGGAAGCGGGAACUGUUGGUGUCAAUUGCACAUCCCCAGUUACUGGCCAUGACUUAUCCUUUGGAGGAUGGAAGUCCAGUGGAGUUGGAAGGGAGGGCCUACUUGACAGCAUCAACGCCUUCUUAGAACAGAAGUCAGUCCUGAUUCAGAUAGAAUAG